ACCGUGUCUGUGUGUGUUUGUGUGCGUGCGUGUGUAUUUCCACAAAAGACCCUCCCCUAUACGUUCCAUUCGUAUUAGCACUUAACGAUAUAAAUAAACUGCGUCGCUUUAGAAGUGGCUUCACCAGUUCGUGUCUUUUCUUAACAGGAUCUCUUGGUUUGUUUGAGCAAUAAUGGCACCAAAAAGUCUCAAGUUGAUCUACUUUAAUGGACGUGGUAGAGCUGAACUCUCUCGCUUGAUCUUGGCUGUGGCUGGACAAAAGUAUGAAGAUGUGCGAAUUGUUGGAGAGAACUGGCCAGCUGAGAAGUCCAAAACUCCGUUCGGACAACUUCCAGUACUAGAAGUGGAUGGUCAAACAUUUGGUCAGAGUCUUGCCAUUGCUACGUAUUUAGCUCGAGAAUUUAAUUUGUACGGCAAAACUAAUCUGGACGGAUUAAAAAUAGACCAAGUUGUUCAACUCUGUGUUGACUUUCAAAACUCUGCAUCAAAAGUUUUUUUCGAAAAAGAUGAAAAUAAAAAAGCUGAAGGUCUUAAAAAUCUGAGAGAAGUAGAAGUUCCUAAAUAUCUUGGAUUUUUUGAAAAACUUCUAAAAGAAAAUGGCUCUGGAUACUUUGUUGGUUCCUCUUUAACAUUGGCAGAGCUGUACGUCUAUGACUUGCUUUUUAACUUUCAACAAAGAUCAAUUGUCAAACUUGAUGAUUUUCACUUGUUAAAUACUUUGUACAAGAAGGUAGACAACCAAGACAAAAUCAAGGCCUAUGUAUCUAAACGACCAUUCACAGAAUUUUAAUCCAAUAGUCUGGAAUGUUUUCACUGUUGUGCUCGUAUUACGACAAUAAAUAUGCCAGACUUUGCUGCUGAUGUUGGUCCCGCAUCUCCUUCAAGUUGGAAAAGAAAAAGAUACAAAUAAAAAUAAUCAUUUCAAUCCCA